UACUGCCGUUGCUACUACCUACGCAACCUGGUUGCCGAUAUAACCACUGUAUCGAUAUCCUCUCUCUUGAUCAACGCAACAUAGUCGGUCACACGCCCGCGCAACCAUUCAAUCACCAUGUCUAACUCGCAGGUCGGCAACGUCUAUCAGCAGAUUAUCAACGAUGUCCUCGAAGCUUCGAGAGUCGAUUUCGAGGAAGGCGGCGUGGACGAGAGCGUCUUGGAAGAACUGAAACGAGGAUGGCAAAAGAAGCUCUCUCAACAGCAACUGGCUACGUUUCCCUGGGAUCCCAAGCCAGAUGCCCCUACUCCCUCUGCCGCUGCGGCCUCGGCUGCUGUGGCACCAGCCCCUGAGCCUAUUCCUCAGGUGAAUGGCUCUUCGUUCAUCCAGGAGCAUGUCCCUCAGCCUCAGCCUCAGCCUCAAGGCCUUACCAUGCCUAUGGCAGGAGGUCAGCCUUCGAACGGUUCUGGGAUUAAAUCCGAACCCGGCGUCAAGACAGAGCCUGGCCUUGAGAAUUCGCCUAUGACCCAGACCACUCAACAAAGCGGCCCCGGUGUCGUGCAAGAGCGCGUAUCCCAACAACUCCAAUCUAUGUAUGGCGACCGCGCUGCGGCGUCCAUCAAUAAAUUAAGAGAGCAGUCAUUUCCUCAAAACCAACAGAGGCCUGGUAACCAGCCUAUCCCACAGAACUACCAAGGACAAUAUCAGCAGGGAGCCCCUCAACAACAGUACCGACCUGGCAUGGCUCCUAAUGGACAACAACCGCAGCAGCAGCAGCAGCAGCAACCGCAACCGCAACAACAGCAACAACAGCGCAUGACCAUGCCCAAUGGACAGAGACCUGCACCUUCUCAGAUGGAUGGUGCAGACGGUACUGAGGACAAUGUUGGUGUUCUCCUGCGUCGUACCUCUGCCGGUGAAAAUGUGGAAAUGGGUCGCGUUGAGAUUGACAACUUACUGCAUGCUCAAAUAGCUGCCCAUGCCAAGGCUAUGGAAGGUGGUGGCCUAAUGUUACCCCUUAAGCGCAAAGGCAAGAAUCAGGCCGUCUCGCAACAUAGUACACCCUUACCAGGCGGUAUCUCUCAGGUUGACGGCACGGAUGAUGAUGUGAAAGACGAGGCAUCUGAUGAUGCAGACGCUAUCAACUCCGACCUUGACGAUCCUGACGACAAUAUUGAAGAUGACGACGAUGACGAGGAUGGUGGCCAGAUCAUGCUCUGCAUGUAUGACAAGGUUCAACGAGUCAAGAACAAGUGGAAGUGUGUUCUUAAGGAUGGCGUUCUUAGCGUGAACGGCAAGGAUUACGUAUUCCACAAAGCCACCGGCGAGUACGAAUGGUGAUGACGAACCCAGCCUUGCGUCUCCAUAUCGGCGUAAUUUGGUACAAGAAUCGCUUUCGUUCCGUCUUGGUUUACGGGCGCGUAUUUGAUAAACCCCAGCCGCGUCAAAAUCCACCUUUAUGCAUUUUGAUCUUCUUCCCGCCCCUGACGAAAAGCAUCCGGGCAAUGAUUUGCAGAUGAAUGAUCAAAUAGUUACCUUCUAUUUGAUAUUAAUGAGGUAGAACUCGGAUGAGUUUUCACUAGAAGCAAGUUUUUUUUUUUUUUUCGUAGGGAGGCGGCAUGAUUUGUUAAGGGAUAUUUGCGUUGAUUUUUCUUUUUUUCUCCUUUUUGAUACAACACCGUAUCCGUUUAGGGAUUCUCACCAUGAAGUUGAUUCCCCCGUAUUUGGCAUUAUGGUCGCCGGGAUGGAAGGGGGCGUGUACGGGGGGCGCGGGAUAGACUCCAAAGCUACUACCGCCGCCACUACUACUACUAUUGAUACGGGUAGAUAGUAUUCCGGGACAGAUGUACUAAUAGCAGUAAUUUUCGCAAUGAAAUCUGGUUUAUGAGAUGAAGUAUGACUCUGGCUUGAUAAAGUGAAGUGUUGUGUGGGUGUAUGUCAUCAGUCAGGCUGACCGGCGGCUAGGACAAGCUUCGGGUGGCCGCAUUAGUUCCUAAGUCAUACUUUCGAGAAGCUCCGAAGGAUCUGUAUGUAGGAACGAUG